GGUGAUUAUGUUCAUUCUGAAAAGAUGCGCGCCCAUAGUUUUCUUGAGGGAGGAACCAAAAUCUGUUUUCGCUCGUCCUGGUUUUAUAUCAUGGCUCAAACACAAGGGAGAGAAAUCUCAUCGUCCCUUCGCCAUCAACAAAUAUCUCUCCUUCUUCUUGCUUGAACAUUCAACCCUAGAAAUUCCUAAUUUUCGUCUCCAGCAAUCAAUACAAAAAUGGCAGAAUCCGUGCCUAAGCCCAAGUCCACCUUCGAUUCCGUCAGAGAAUGGGUCUCUGAUCACAAGCUUCGCACCGUAGGGUGUUUGUGGCUGAGCGGUAUUGCCGGAUCCAUUGCGUACAAUUGGUCAAAGCCCAACAUGAAGACCAGUGUCAGAAUCAUUCAUGCUAGGUUGCACGCGCAGGCAUUUACCCUCGCUGCAUUAGCGGGAGCAGCUGUGGUGGAGUACUAUGAUCACAAAACGGAGAAAAGUGACCGCUAUGCCAAAUUUCUUCCACUGGAUACCUACUCACAGAAGAAAUGAACAAUACUGUUUUUCUAUUGUGUACCCAUCAAUCUGAUUCUUUUAUGUCUGGGUGAUUCAUAUGUUGUUACCCAAGUCCUUGUUUUCCUUUCAUUUUGUAGUUUUUUUUCUUUUUUAAAUAAAUGUUUGUAGUUUCCAUUUUCUGUUAGAAGCUGCGCCUGCCUUUUUGGGUUUUAACAGCUUCCUCAUGCCGGGGGAUUGAGAGGUUGAAAUAAUGUGUUUAUCUUAUUUAGAAAGAAGAAAAAUAUUAGAACCAUAUACUUUCUCCCUUAAGAAAAUUUAAUAUGGUUC